UUGAUUUUUAAAAAGUUAAAAAGGGAAAAAUACAAUGUGGCAGUGGGAGAAUUAAGGAUGAGAUGAUUGCAUUAGUUCACUGACCAUCCCUGAGCAACAGAAACACAAUCAUGGGUAAUCCUCGGCCCCUGCCUACAAGAAGCAUGGAUCUAGUUUAGUAGCACUGCCAACCGGACCGACCAUUUACACUUCUGUGUGACAUGGGGCAGACAGAGCGGGGAGAAAAGAGUGCCUGAGCUCACAGCGUUGGCGGGGCGCAGUGAGGUCAGCCAGGACUAGGUGGAAGGAGAAAAGGAACGUCCCUAUCUGCAACUCAUCUAAGGGACUGCUCGGACUCCGGAUCUCACAGCGAGAACUACCGCCUCACUACACCCGCCUUUCCCCGCGCCACCCAACAGCUCCCACGUCUCAUCCUCAGGGAGCGGGGCGGGGCGAAGCGGAAGGGGAGGGGCCGACACAACCACGCCCACUAGCCGCGCUCCAAGGCCGCGGCCCCCUUACCGCGAGAACGCGGAGUCCCGCGGACGGCGCAAGCGCAAACCUCCUGUGACGACUGCGUCUCCUGGCCCCGCCCUCCUCUCGUGGGAGUUCCGGAUGUUUAGCGUUACCAUGGAGCCUGGAGGUGCCCGCGAACGCCGCUUGUCGCCUGGGCAACCGGAGAGGACGAAGCAGGACCUAGGUGGCGGCGGUGGUACUGGCUGCAAUGGUGUCCAAUCCCGUGCAUGGCCUGCCCUUUCUUCCGGGCACGUCCUUUAAGGACUCUACGAAAACAGCCUUCCAUAGAAGCCAGACGCUGGGCUACAGGAACGGCUAUGCAAUUGUUCGACGUCCAACAGUUGGGAUAGGCGGAGACCGGCUCCAGUUCAACCAGCUGUCCCAGACUGAGCUGGAUGAGUUGGCCAGUAAGGCACCAGUCUUAACUUAUGGCCAACCUAAACAAGCCCCACCUGCGGAUUUUGUUCCUGCGCAUGUGGCCUUUGACAAAAAGGUACUGAAAUUUGAUGCCUAUUUCCAAGAAGAUGUUCCUAUGUCAACUGAGGAACGGUAUAGGAUCCGUCAAGUGAACAUUUACUAUUAUCUAGAAGAUGACAGCAUGUCUGUCAUAGAGCCUGUUGUAGAAAAUUCUGGAAUCCCUCAAGGCAAGUUAAUAAAACGCCAGCGGCUAGCCAAGAAUGACCGGGGUGACCAUUACCACUGGAAAGACCUAAAUCGAGGAAUAAACAUCACAAUUUAUGGCAGAACUUUCCGCAUUGUUGACUGUGACCAAUUCACACAGGUAUUUUUAGAAAGCCAAGGAAUUGAAUUAAAUCCACCAGAGAAGAUGGUUCUUGAUCCUUACACUGAACUCCGAAAACAGCCUCUUCGUAAGUAUGUCACCCCAUCAGACUUUGAUCAACUCAAGCAAUUUCUCACCUUUGACAAACAGGUCCUUCGAUUCUAUGCGAUCUGGGAUGAUACAGACAGCAUGUAUGGUGAAUGUCGGACCUACAUCAUUCAUUACUAUCUUAUGGAUGAUACGGUGGAAAUUCGAGAGGUCCACGAACGGAAUGACGGGAGAGAUCCUUUCCCACUCCUAAUGAACCGCCGGCGUAUGCCCAAAGUUUUGGUGGAAAAUGCAAAGAACUUCCCUCAGUGUGUGCUAGAAAUCUCUGACCAAGAAGUGUUGGAAUGGUAUACUGCUAAAGACUUCAUUGUUGGGAAGUCACUCACUAUCCUUGGGAGAACUUUCUUCAUUUAUGAUUGUGAUCCAUUUACUCGACGGUAUUACAAAGAGAAGUUUGGAAUCACUGAUUUACCACGUAUUGAUGUGAGCAAGCAGGAACCACCUCCGGUAAAACAGGAGUUGCCUCCUUAUAACGGUUUUGGACUAGUGGAAGAUUCUGCUCAGAAUUGUUUUGCUCUCAUUCCAAAAGCUCCAAAAAAAGAUGUUAUGAAAAUGCUAGUGAAUAAUAACAAGGUGCUUCGUUAUUUGGCUGUACUGGCGUAUUUGCUGAUUCCCAGAAGACCCACCUGUGAAGACAAACAUUGGAAUCUAUUUAGGGCCUGUCAAAGGCAGAAGCUCCUGGAAUCCCCCAUCCCAGAAGACAAAGACCGCAGAUUUGUCUUCUCUUACUUUCUAGCUACUGACAUGAUCAGUAUCUUUGAGCCUCCUGUUCGCAAUUCUGGUAUCAUUGGGGGCAAGUACCUUCGCAGGACUAAAGUUGUUAAACCAUACUCUACAGUGGACAACCCUAUCUACUAUGGCCCCAGUGACUUCUUCAUUGGUGCUGUGAUUGAGGUGUUUGGUCACCGGUUCAUCAUCCUUGAUACAGACGAGUAUGUUUUGAAAUACAUGGAGAGCAAUGCUGCCCAGUCUUCACCAGAAGCACUCGCAUCAAUUCAGAACCAUGUCCGAAAGCGAGAAGCACCUGCUCCAGCAUCAGAAAGCAAGCAAACUGAAAAGGAUCCAGGCGUGCAGGAAUUGGAAGCAUUAAUAGACACAAUUCAGAAGGAACUGAAAGAUCACUCAUGCAAAGACAACAUUCGUGAGGCAUUUCAAAUUUAUGACAAGGAAGCUUCAGGAUAUGUGGACAGAGACAUGUUCUUUAAAAUCUGUGAAUCGCUUAACGUCCCAGUGGAUGACUCCUUGGUUAAGGAGUUAAUCAGGAUGUGCUCUCAUGGAGAAGGCAAGAUUAACUACUAUAACUUUGUUCGUGCUUUCUCAAACUGACCUGCUGAUGAGAAAAUGCAAGACAAUUUUUGAUAUUGGAACUAUGCUUUGAAAUACACCUUACACUCUUCAUAGAGGCAUUUACAGAGUUCCUGAAGUUUUAUUUCUGUUUUCGUUCUUAUUUCACUACUACUGAAGUCGAAACUAAAUUGGAUCUAAUAGGAUCUAA